AUGUGCUUCUGGACAAAGCUUCCGGUAUUUUGGGUGCCAUUGUUCCUUCUCCUCAGCCUUGUUCCCUCUACUGAGACAGAAAGACCCUCAACCCAGGACAGCGGCAGCACUUGGAGUCCAGGCCACCUGACGGAAGUGCUACGAGCUCUCUCUGCUGGCGAUCCCCCACCCCUGAACCAUUCUGGAAGCCUCCUCAAAACACUGAUGGAGAAAACUGGCUGCCCACGGAGGACAAACGGAAUGCAAGGAGAUUGCCAUCUGUGCUUUGAGCCAGAUGCCCUGUUGCUAAUAGCUGGAGGAGAUUUUGAGGAUCAGCUCAGAGAAGAAGUGGUCCAGAGAGUGUCUGUUCUCCUCCUCUUUUACAUUAUUCAUCAGGAAGAGAUCUGUUCUUCUAAGCUCAACAUGAGUAAUAAAGAGUAUAAAUUUUACCUGCACAGCCUCCUCAGCCUCAGGCAGGAUGAAGACUCCUAUUUCCUUUCACAGAAUGAGACGGAAGAUAUCUUGGCGUUCACCAGGCAAUACUUUGACACCUCUCGAAGUCAGUGUAUGGACACCAAAAUGCUGCAGAAAAAGUCUGGAAUACUGAGCGGGGAUGGCGCUGAUGAAAACACACUCCCUCGGUUGGCAGCGACGAUCAUCACUUUGUCCCUCCAAGGUGUUUGUCUGGGGCAAAGAACCUUGCCGUCUCCAGACUAUUUUACGGAAUAUAUUUUCAGUUUUUUGAAUAGUACAAAUACUCUCCACCUGUCAGAACUAGACCAACUCCUCAACACUCUCUGGACCAAAAGUACCUGUAUCCGAAAAGAUAAAAUCCAUCACCUUGAAAGGAAACAAAACAACCUAACAAUCUAUGACUGGGGAUACCCUAAUCUAUCUGUAUCCAUGGACCAAGAGUCAGAAGACAGUUCAGUUUCCUGGGAUAAGACUUGCUUCUCUGCCGGGCAGCUGGUGGAGAUAUUUCUACAGAAUAGCCUUUCACCCAUUUCGAAGGAAGACUUUCAACAAAUGAGUCCGGGAAUCAUCCAGCAAUUGCUCAGCUGUUCUUGCCAGCUGCCCAAGGACCAACACACAAAGCUCCCACCAACCACUCUGGAGAGUAAGUUAUGGUUCUUCCCUGAGAAAGUUCUUGGUUUACACAAGCAGGAAGGCUCAGAGUUUGGACAUGUCCAUGAGAGCAAAGGUCAUAUUUGGAAACUGUUAGGACUAAUUGGAGGCAUCCAUGGAUUUUUCUUGAUCGAAAAAUGUUUUAUUCUUCUUGUAUCACCAAAUACCAAGGGCAUGUCAUUGGUUAAUGGGCAUGUGGAACAUUCCCACCAUCUUGCACUCAACUCCGAAUUAAGCGACCAGUCAGGCAGAGGCAAAUCUGCUUCCACUAUCCCGUUGAAAGGCCCAGAAGAUUCACAGGCAGCUGAAAUUCCUGUAGGCAGUAUGACAGCCUCCAACAGAAAAUGCAAAACCAUUAGCUUGUUAGCAAUCAUGAUACUGGUUGGGGACAGCCUGCAUAAUUUUGCAGAUGGCCUCGUGAUAGGAGCUGCCUUCUCAUCAUCAUCUGAGUCGGGAGCCACCACAACACUCGCCAUCUUGUGUCAUGAAAUUCCACAUGAAAUGGGAGACUUUGCUGUGCUCUUAAGCUCUGGACUUCCCAUUAAGAUUGCCAUCCUUAUGAAUUUUAUAAGCGCGCUAACUGCCUUCAUAGGACUAUACGUUGGUCUCUCCGUAUCAGCUGAUCCGUGUGUGCAGAACUGGAUCUUAACAGUUACUGCGGGGAUGUUCUUAUAUUUAUCCUUGGUGGAAAUGCUUCCUGAAAUGACUCAUGUUCAAACACGGCGACCCUGGUUGAUGUUUCUCCUGCAGAACUUUGGAUUGACCCUAGGUUGGCUUUCUCUCUUACUGUUGGCUAUAUAUGAACAAAAUAUUAAAAUAUAA